AUGUCCCAAAUGGAAGAAGAGGAUGACCCCUCCCACCCCCAACAGAGGCUUGCAAAUCUGGAGGAAGCCAUGCAACGGAUGGAAGGUCUCCUCCACAAUCUCAUAAUUACACAGCAACAGCCUGCCCCUGCCCCUGCUCAGCCUCCGGCAGUGGGUCCAGGUGUAUCUAUUGGCCAACAAGCCAGCACAAGACCCCUUAUCCGCCCCAACCCCCCAUUCACGUUUGACAGGGAUUGCACCCAGGGCAAGACAUUUCUCCAUUCCGUCAAGCAGUACUGGUGCCUCCUCCCUGAGGCCUUCCACGUGAACGGGGUAGUAUCAGAAGAACGGGUGGUACGCUUUGCCCUCUCCUACAUGUCCAAGGAUUUGGCGGCUUCCUGGUCAGAACGCAUGUCAGAGCGCCUCGUCUUCCCAUUCCCAGCCUGGUCUUCCUUUGUUGCCGAGUUCAAGCUCCGGUUUGUUGAGGAGAAUGAGCAGGACCAUGCCCUGGCACGACUGGAAACCCAUGCUUACUACAUGGGAUCCCGCGACGUGUUUAAAUACACGGACGAGUUCGACAACCUCCUCGACUUGGCGGGGUACUCCGACAACCUGGUCAAGGUCACCAAGUACCGGGCAGGUCUGGACCCCAGAAUCAACCAGGCAAUCACAACCUCUGGCAACCCACCCAGACUCACAAACUAUUCAGAGUGGCGCACCCACGCAUUCCGCCAGUACAACGCAGAGGUGGCUGCCCAGGCUGCACAAGGACAGGUGUUCUCUCCACCCCGCGCCCCGCCUCCUGCGGCUCCACGCCCUUGCCACAUGGCUCCUCCGGUGGUUGCCCCGCCUUGUAAGGGCAACCUCGAGGCCCGAUCUCAGAGUCCUGACAAGGGAGAGUCCAAAGCGUCAGAUAAGGGGAUCGACUAG